AUGGCCUGUGCCAUCACCCAAGACGUGUUUCCUAUGAUUCAGGCCGUAUACGCAGAAGUGUAUGCGGGGUCAGAAAAUGAUUAUAGACCUGCAGCCUGUUGGAAGAAGAUUCGCACCCUCAUUGUUUCUAAAUCAGAACCCUACGGUUCAGACGUCGUCGAGCCAAUUGAGAUGACGCCUUACUUUGUGACACUUCAUCUCAUCGAUUUCGACAUCACAUCCCACUGUUCCAAGCAGCCGCGGACUCGAAAAGAGAUCCAGAUCUUGUUGAAGUGUCUAGGCUCGCCGUGCAUGGUGCAGCUGCCAGAGAGGACUACAGACGACAAAUUCAAAGCCUUCUUCAGAUACCCCUACAACUUCUUUGUGGCCUCCAUCAUGCACAGGUUCAUCGCCAACAUCUGCAAGUGGAUUCCCCACACCGUCGACGGUAUUGCAUAUCUCCUCUCCCUAGUGCUGACACACCGCAAUCUCCUGCCAGAAAUUUCUUCUAUGGUGAUCCCGUAA